AGGUGGUAACUUUAGCAGUGGCACUGCCACUGACCUUCGUACUUCUGAUCGACAUCGAACUGAACAUAGAACAUGGAAGAAACUGAAAAAUUAACCGUUGAUCCGAUUCCCAAGGGCGACGAAUCACCGAGCUCUCAGGGCAAAACGUGCGCCCUCUGUGGCUGCUCGACUCCCGCGGUUCGAUGCGAUCGCUGCGGCAGCCAGAUCUUCUGCCUCUCUUGCGACGACAUGUACCACAAGCACCCCAAGAGGAGGCUCCACCUCCGCAAGGCCGUGGACAGCAUCUGGAACUCUUCAAGGUCGCCCAGGCUCAGACGCAGGACGGACUUGCCCGGGGACCCUUCCAAGAUUCCCAUCCCCCCUCCGCGAACGAAGAAGCGGGAAAGGCACAGCAUCGGGGGCCGCAUCUUCUUGAAAUCUGGACUUGAGCUGGGCUCAUUUGGUCACAGCAAAGUGUUCGACAUGAACAGCAUUGCUCCCCCUCCACCCCCAAAAGAUUUCCUCGGUCGACAGAAGUCUCAUUCUAUUGAAUUGGAAAAUGGAAUUGAUCGGCAAGCACAGUUGCUAAACAGGCCUGAAUCAGCACAAAUAUAUGAAAAUGACACUGCUAUUAACCAAGAGAAUGUGCAAAAUUCCAAUGAAAUGGAUAGAAGCCCUUGGAACUCACCUAGGCCUAACAUGGCUUCUCCAAUUCAAGUUUCUAUACCUUCAAGCUCUCCAGACAUGAUGACUAAUGGACAGUCAUUCGGGUUUCCCGGCAAACCCCACAGUCAGAGCGCCGCAGACCUCACGGGAUCGACGGCAACGCACCCCAUCGGCCAUCACCCAUACCCAUUCCCCCACCCGUACCCCUACAUGCACCCUCCCGUGCACUCCCCCUACUCCCACUCUAUGGCUCACAUGAACUGCGCCCAGUGCAUUUCGUCCUCCUGGUCCAACCUGAUGAGCCCGCACCCAUCUCCCUUCUUCCAUCCGAUGCCUUGGGGCUCUGCGCAGUCGACCAUGCUGAGGAAUCAGCAGGGGGUCAACGGGCACAUGAAGCACAGUCAUGGAGAUCUGAUCACUUAUCCAGAUUCUAAUUUCUCUUACCCGUACCCUGGUGGUGCAUUUUAUCCCAAUGGGCCUCCCACGGUCGACCCCAAUUUCAUGAAAGAUCUUCAUCAUCAAGUAGAAGCGAACCGAGUGAAGAGAAGUCCUGCUGGUUUGAGGCAUAGCAACGAGGAUGCGGCUGUUGAAACUGCCGCAAAUCAGCCACCCAACCUUGAUGCAGCCAACGAGCCAGAGCCAACUGCUGCAGCUCAGGAAAGCCAAGUCCCAGAUGAAGAACCUCCAAAGCCUCAAAAGCCAACUGAACCCUGGUCGUGCAUGCAUUGCACAUUCAUCAAUCCGGCAGGAAUUUAUAUUUGCCAAGUGUGCUGCAAAACCAGCUAUGGAAACAGCCAAAAACCACCUGAUGACCAGGAAGAUGUCGCCAUGGACACUCGCGAUAGCGAAUCACCCCUCAUCAACAGAGAUGCUUUUUUGAAUUCCCCUAGAUUUUCCUCAGAGGCACAAAAGAAUGACGAUGAUGAAUUGCAAGAGUCAAAUAUUGAUGCCGUAGAAAGUGAAGGUUUUGAGGAGGAAGAGGAUGUGCCCCGUGCUGAAUCUGCCGAUGUCAUCAAGCUGACUACGGAAACGCAGACUUCGACCACAACGAAAUCCACGGACGUUCAGACUCAUAAUUUGGUUUGCAAGUCCAUUGCUUCAUCCACCGACUCGAUUUUUCCAAAGCAAGAAAUGUCGGUGCAGACAGAACUCGGUAUACUUGCUCAACACUGUUCUGUGGCUACCGAUCCCAUGAUUAGCUCUCAGUCAAUGGAAUCUCUACUUUCAGGUGUCUCAGCCCCACCUUAUCAUAACCGUAGGGCUGGUUGGGGCAGAGGUGCUACGAGCUUCAGCACUCAGUCUCUCUACGAGAGAGGCCGCAGUAGGAGCCCCAUGCCCCGAUCUGCUUCUGUGAUGAACGAAGCCCAUAUGUUUGGCAGGGACUCCAGCUUGCCUCCGGAAGAAGCGAUGCCAAAUUGGAGCCAAGCUUGGCUGCUGUCGGAUCCGAUGUACUACAAGCCCCACAAUCCCCAAGGAAUCGGACAGACGGCGGCUAAAGAAGUUGACUUUGACGGCACUUGGGGUUCUAUGGAUAGGCUCAACAAGAGGAUGGUCUUGAAGCAGAAAAGUAAGCAGGAAUCAUAUCGUAAGCCCAAAUUCCACAGAAGUCUGGAUGAUUUGAAAACGGACAAGAGGCAAGAAGUCCUUCAUUCCCAAGAGUUAAUGCUUCUGCAAACUGUUAAGGAAGCAGAACGAUGUGGGUUCAGUCUCGAAGACCUUCAUGUGGCUUACUUGCAUUGUGGGAAUCAGAACCCCGUCUACUGGCUGGAAGACAACUGGUCUUCCAUGGUGAAAAAUGUCAUCGCUCUGGCAGCGAAAUACGGGGAAGACAAUGAAGAAAAUGAUGUUGGUGUCAUCACUGCUUCAGAAGCGAAAGAGGCCCUCCGCAUCCACAGAGGAGAUAUAUGGGAUGCUGUUACAGAGUGCAUUGAAAAUAGGCAACGAAAGAUUUUAGAGUUGACAGUUCGAGGUAACUUCACCCAAAAGCAAAUUUCUGAAGCUCUGAAAAGCAAUGAAGGAAAUGUUGAAUUAGCAUAUGCUGAUUUAGUGAGAGCAUCUAGCAAAAGACACAAGUUUAUACUUAGCCCAGGAUUAAGUGAAGACAGUGAAGAUUUAAAUCUAUACAACCCCACAGAGGAUUCUGGAUUUGAUCAUACCAUUCCAUCCUCAGUUUUCAGAGCAGGAAAACAAGAAGGUGUUGUUGAAUCCAAAACAGAAAAGAAAAAGUCUGACUUCCUCACCAAGUUAUCUGCAAUUAGAAAUGCUCAAAGUGAACGAAGAAAAGCUAGAGAAGAGAAAGAAUUGUUCCGUGAAAGCAUCACUCAAGAGCUGCCUAUUUCGGACAAGCCCGAAAUUUCAAUCCCCAAGGCGGAAGACGAAGAUUCUUCAAAAGAGCACAUUAAACUUGUUCACCAAGAAUCAGUUGAAGGAUCAGUUAAUAUUGAUGUCCUUGAAAUUGAUGCUGAACUUUCUGCAGACGUUGAUCAUGAUACUGACUUGAAGGACAAGUCUAAAAAUGAAGAUAAUGUACCUGUAGACUAUGAUACUAAUUGGGUGGAUUCUCAAGGGGAAUGGAUUGAGGAAUAUUCUGAUGAGCAGUGGGAUGAAGAAGGGGAUGGGCAGUGGGUGACUUUAGAAAAGAAAUAUCAGAAAUUAGAAUCAGAAAUUGAGCAGGAAGCGAUGCAAAUGGCUGCUUUGUGGGAAAAAGAAGAACUGGAAGAUGAUGUCUUCGAGGAAGAAAAGGAAACUGUCACAGCCCCUACAGAGCAUGAAAAAAUGAAGCUCAGUCAAGAUGAAAAGUUUGAACAGUGGGUGAAAAUUAAUUUGGAAAAAAGCUUCUCUGAACCUGAAGAUGAACAAGCAAAAGAGCAGGAACUGGAUGUUGAAGCAAUGGCUGAAACACUUUUGAAAGAUAGCGUCGAGUUUGACAAUAUACCUGCUAGUUCACCUUUGCAGCAUUAUCCAACGGCUUUUGAUUUGUCCAACAAGUCACAACUCGAAGCCGAUUGGGUCAACAUGCCUGCUGAUACUAAUCAGACUGUUGAAGACUCUGCGAUAGAAGUCGCUGAUGAAUGUCUGGAUUCUGGCAAUGAUGAGCUAGAGGAGAAACUAAGUGAGCAAGAGUAUAGUGAUGGUGAGUGGGAAAAAAUUGAUGUUGAUGAGCAGUUGAAGGAAUUUUCUUAUGAUUCUGUUGCAUUAGAUAGAAAAGAGUCACCAGUAGAACAACUGCAGGAGAUUUCUUCGGAGCAAUAUUCUAAGUUUGAUGAGAGGGACUUGGCCCAUGGUGAUAUGAUGCAACCGAAAGAAGAAGCUUUUACAAAUGAUAUUUCUUCCCUUUCGCUUCAUGAUUACAUAGAAAUUUUACCCAAUGAUGAAAAGGAUGCAAAAUUAUCCUUUGGACAUGAUACAGUGAGCUCCAAUGUGUCUGAAAGCAUUCAUCUUUCACCAGAGAAGGAAAUAGUUCUUCCACCGAUUGAACAGCAGUCCAUGGAAAGAAAAUUAAGCGGUAAUGGGCACCCGAAGCCUCCUGUUCGUAGAAAAUCAAAAUUGAAUUCUGCUGCAAUUGAACAAGCUCUGAAAAUUCACUCAGCUGCAGAUAAUUCUUUAUCAUUAGAUACGCCUCCUGCACUCCCUGCAAAAACUAAAAGCAAGGAACGGUCACCUGAAUGCUACAAUCUUUCUGCUACAACGCAAAAAACAAAUGUGGUUGAAAAGUCUGAGGCGUUGAGUCCUGUGAUUCAAAGAAGUGUUUCACCUUCUGAACCUCCAGAAAAACCGCCCAGAUUGUCUCCUUCUUCUGUUUAUUCGAAUGGCAAGAGCAACGAAAAGAGCGAUUUGAAUUUAAGGUCUUCUAAAGAUGUUUCUCCAGCAACUUCCAUGGGAGAAGAAUCUGAUUCUAACUGUUUUGCUGAUUCUGAAUCUGACCCUGAAAUAAAAGCAAUAAGGCAAAAAUAUAUGCAUAAAAAGCUCACAAAGUAUGAUGAUGAUGAGAUAGAUGAUAUGCAGGAGGAAAUGGAUCCGACUAUUAAGCCUGCCAAUGUCAAAGAUAAUCUACCUUUCUCCCCAGAGCUCCCCAUACCACUAGGGGUUAGGGGAAGUCGCGUUGUUCCGACUGAGGAUAUUGAUGCACCGAAAGCAUUUAGAGAGGAUACAAACAGACCUUUACAACUCUUCAAAGCUACAAAACGAGAAAUCACUAGAAGUGCAUCCUAUGAGGUGCCGACCUCCGUGUCAUCUGAAAAAUUCCAGAGAAAUAGAAGCUUUGAAAUAGACAGACAAAUAGACAACACCAAUGAAAGUAUACCAUACACUAGCCAAUGUCAGCCAGUUAUUAAACCUUUCUUCAGCCCAUCUUCAGGUGUUCCAGCAGAAUUGCAAAGAGAGAUGGCUGUUGAAAUGUCUCCUGUAUUGGUGAAUCCCCCAAUAACUGCAGAGAGCUCAGUUUAUCAAAAUCAAUUUAGCGAUGCCUAUUACAAUGACAGUAUGCCUAAACAAAUCGUAUCAAUCGAACAGCUUCAGGAAGGAUUACAAAUAGCCGAAGCACAGCUUGAUUCUUCUAUGCCUAUGCAAAAAGCUAUUCUUUCUGAUAUUCAAGAAGAAAAGCAAGUUCCUGAAAAUUUUGCUCCAAAACCUACUCAAGAGGGUGAAGAAAUGUUAUCUCCAGAAAUGGGAAUCUUGUCUGCCGCAGCCGAUUACUUUUUUGGUCGAUAUGAUGAAGUUACUGUUUCACGCCCAAAGAAGAAGGCUCCUGUGAUUCGUGCAGGGAAAGCACCUACAGCUGCUCCUAAAGUGAUGUCUACUAGUGCUACUCAAAGUGCAUCUUCACCUGCUCAAGUUUCACCACGCAUGGAGCAAAGUGCUGUUGAAAUGUCUACAGAUAAAUCUGCUACAAAUGUUCAAAGCAGUAUGGUUAUGUCUGAAAGUCUGGAAAAACCCAACACUUCUAUGGCUAUGAAAGGACCAAUGGAUAAAACUUUAGGAAUGGAGACUACAGUUGUCAGUGAUCCACAAGUGGUGCCACAGGAACCUGUUGCAGCAGAAUAUUUAUCAUUCGCAGAAGAUUAUUUUUUUGGAUCCUACAAUGAAGUUGUUGUGCCAAAAAAAGGGAAGAAAAAGGCCGGUCCUUUGCAAAAAUCAAAAGUCCCAGCAUCACCUAAAUUAAGCAGAGUUCAAAGUUUACCAGAACAGGCUGCAGUGCCUGUUUCACCUUCAGCAUCAGGUGAGGCUUUGAUGCAGUCACCUACAGGUGUAUUUAAUUCUGUACAAGCAGGUGCGACAUCAGCACAUCCUGUUUUUGUGGACGCUGAAGUUAACCAGGGUCAAACUUCUGAUGACCAUCCUGAAUUAAGUAAUAUAAGCGAAGAUGUUCCCGAGGAAUUUUUUGAAGCCAUGACCGAUCCUGCUUUGGAUUCUUCUGAAAUUAAAAAUAAUUCAAAAAUGAAAGUAGUUCAUUUUGAGGAACCGCAACCUCCCGUAGUUCCACCACCGAGGAAGCAUCGAGCUCAAGGUGACAAAACACAAAGUGCAAGUAUUUCUACUGAACCUUCAUCUGCAGAGGAAUAUUUGUUUGGCCAGUAUGAUCAUUCCCUCCAGGAUAAAAAAAAACUUCCAUUCCACAGUGAAGACUUCAAAAUGAUUUCGGGUUUUGUACCUCCUAAUUUUCCCUCUCAUACCCUUCCGCAGCCUGAUGGGAUUGAACAUAGUGUGCAGUCCUCUGAGAUUAAUGUUAUAUACCCUGAAGAAUCUAUAAAAGGCCAAGAAAAGGUCUCAAAUACUCUUAAUUUUGGAAAAAAUGAUUUUGGAGAGCAUCCAGUUGCACACCAGUCUGAAGUUGUGGACAUGCAAAACAAUAACACAUUGUCUGAGCCUGAAACAAAAGUAGAUUUUGUGGUGAAAGGUGGAAGCAUGUUUUCAUCUCAAAAUAUUCAUGAAUUAAGUGAAGAAAAAUUAUUAACUAAUCAAAAGGAGUUGCCUAUUCAUGGCAAUAAAACCCAUGAAAGCAGAGAAGAUUCAAUGAAAAUGUUUUGUGAAACAGAGAAGGAUGAUCAUGAGUUGCAGUACAUUGAUCAAGAAAAAAUGCUCUCUUAUGAAGAAUUUAAGGAUGAUCUAGUUCUGGCAAUAGAGAAAGAAUACGAAAUUCAACAAAACACCAUAUUAGAAGAGUUAGAAGAGGGUCAAAAUGAGCUAAGUGAAGCAUCUGCUUUGUUUCAAAUAAGAGAGGAUUUCAGUGAUCGUUUUGGCAAUGAGUUAAGCUUCCCGAGCCAAAAAAAUAAUAUUGAGCAAGACCAUACAGAUGACAGUGAACAGGAAUGGAAAUUGAAUGAGGAAAGAAAAAACUGUGUUAAUGCAGCUCAUCUCGAACGUGCGGUCUCGACUAAAUCUGCUUCACCGUCAUUUGAUUCUGAGAGUAAGAAAGAGAUUGAUAAUAGUGAUGAUGCAGCACAGAGUUCCAGUUCUGCCAUUGGUGCUGUUUGUGUCUUGAAGUCCCAAAGUCAAAGAGAUGAUGAUGAGCCAGAAACGAUCUCGGAAGUUGAAUUGAGUAAAAUUCAAGACGAGCAAUGGAAUAUAUCUACUUCAAGAAAUCAGAAUAUAGAGCCACUUGGUACGGAAGAUCUUAAAGGACCUUAUUCUUCUAAGAAGCUUGAGGAAAUUCCGGACUUCAGCAAAGAAUCAACUAAAGAUUCAAAUCAAUCAGCAGAGCCACAGGAAGCGAUUGAAUCUGUUUGCUCAGAUGAAACCCUUGGAGAAAAAACAAUCAAAGAGAGAAGUUCAAUGUGGGAAGAAGAGAGUGACAAAGAGAGAGAAAUUUUGACCGAACCACUUCCGGAAGAACGAAUGAAUAAAGUUUUGAUGAGUGAAAGUAUGACAGUUAAACCCCAUGCUUCAGAUGUUGAGGAAGGUUCUUCCCAGAGUCAAAAUAUCAUAUACCCAUUGAGAGUUCUUUGUGAAAUGGUUGCUAGUAAUUCAGAAUUUAUAUCUUUAGAUCAGAUAUCCAACAGUAUUCUACCCUAUUCAGUUGUCGAGAGUGAGGUUGAAGCAGAUUUAUCUAGUUUUUCUGUGGAGGAUAAUGAAAAUGUUAUGAACAGAGCUCUUCAGAUACUUUCGGAUGUCGGUAAUGACGUUUCCAAAGAAGAUUCGGAUGACAGUUUGAUAAUGUCCACCCAUUCAUCUGUUUCAACACAGAUAACAGUUGCUUCUGACGUUCAAAUGAAAGAUUUGGAAAUGGACGAUUCAGUUGCUAUUGUGGAAGUGAAAGAAAAAAGAGAGCCCUGUACAUCUGAAACUAGGGAAAUUUCAGCAAAAGCUCAAGAACCUAUUGAUAAACCAACAUUUGCUGAGGAAAAUCCACCUAAAUCUGUAAGGGAAACUAAUCUUUCUCUUGAACCAUUAUAUAUCAGUAGCUAUUUUGAAUCGACUCAAGUCGAGAAGUAUGAUGAUAGUGAAGAUUUGAACCAAACAUUAUUAGUUGAAGGUAAUACUCGGGAUGUUCCUAUCAAAAUUGAUGAAGGUCAAAAAUCACAAGAAUCACACAAUAACAUGGAGGCAGAAAGCAUUUCUGAGGAAGUUAAAGCUGAAGAGGAGAGUUGCCUUUCAAUAAUGUCUCAUUUUUAUGAUGAAUGGUUCGAGAACAUUCAACCGUCCAAUACCAAAGGCGACAUCUUGAGCGCAUAUGCUACAUACAGCUAUACAGAAUCAUCAGGAUCCAGCAAUGGAAGUGAAAAAGGUGAUGAUCUUCAAGAAGCUGGUGUGGUGUUCUCUGAUGAAAGCAGAGUAUCACACAUUCCAGUUGAAAACUUUACUGAUGAUUUUGUGCCUGAUAAUUCACAGCAUAUUCAAGAUUAUGAUGAAAUAUGUGAGUUGGAAAAUGAGGUACCUGUGGAAGAUUAUGAAAAUAGAGAUAUUUUUCUGUCACUGCGCAAUAACCUGGAUGAAAGUGUAAAUGAGAUCGUUACCAGUAACGUAUAUUCUGAAGUAUCUGCUAGUACUUCAGAACAAAAUACUUCAACCCUUAACACCAAGCCUGCCAUUGAAAGAUUUAGCACUAGCAAAUCUUGUCAAACUGAGGACAGUUUUGAAGAGGAUGUGUUUUUUGAUUCUUUUGAUGAUACUUUCACUAUUCCUUCAUUCAUAAAUUUGUCAAUUAAAAACCUUUCAAUGGAGGAACCUGUAAAAACCGAAAUAGGCGUUCAAUGCGAUUUAAUACCCAAUGAAAUCAGUGUAAUCACAAAAGAUGCGGCACAGUUGACAGACUCUGUAACUAUUCAAUUUAAUGAAACUCAUAAAAAUGCACAGAGUGAUAUUGCAGUGUGCUCUAUUGAACCAACUGCUGAUGCUAUAAAAGAAACUCUGAGCAAAACUAAUGAAUGUGAACCAAAAGAUGAGAGCAGUUGUGAGUCUUUUGAGGAUUCAGAUUCUGAUUUGUACAUAGAGUCUCAUUCGUCUUUAGAUGAACUAGAUACAGACAAAAACCUCAAAAAAAGUAACCGUCUUUAUUCAGAGUUUGAUUCAGACACAGGCUUCAGUUCAGGAAGUGAUUCUGGUCAAGUGAAAAUAGUUGGCAGAAAGAAGAAACAAAUAGAGAAGAGUACUCUGGACAUAGUGGCCGAAAAAAGUGAAGUUCCAUCAGUCAUAGCUAAAGAACAAGAGAAUCUGAACAGCAAACCAUCGACAUCAAUUUUAUUUUCUCCUCUUUCUGAUCCUAAUGUCUCUUCUAAGCAGACAAACAUACAAUUUUCCAUGUCCGAAGAAGUAUUUGAAGAAGCUUUACCUGAAGCAGUGGUUACUGAAAACAUUCAAAUUGAAAGUACUACAGAAAUCGUACAAGAAUGUCUUGAAAAAUCAGAGCUUUAUAUUGAAAGCAGUGACAUUCCACUUGAGUCUGAAAAUUUCUCAUCACCUUCUGAAAUACUUCCACAAGAAAAUUCUCCAAUUGUGUCUAAAAAUUUUCCCUCAUUAUCAGAAGAAUUACCUUCAGCUACAGAAGAGUUUUCCUCUCAUUCCAACAGUGCGCCAUUUUCUGAUGGCACUAAGAAGAUUGCUGUUGUCGCCAGUCUCCCAGAACCCAAAGAAAUGCAAACUAAAGAUAACAUUAAAUCUGAUGCUCAUGACUUAAAAGAAGCUUCUCAAGUUGUUGAUGCUGUUGCAAAAGAAACUUCAAGUAAAAAAGAAAUGCAGUUUGAAGUUAUGUCAUCCAGUACAGAAACUGUAAAUGUGAAAAGCAUGUUGCCAGAAGAAGCUAUGAGACCAGCCAAACCAAUUCUAUGCUCUGAAAUCCAUACUCAACUUUCAGAUGAUAUCAUACAGAGGGCAGUUACACCUGUUGCUGUUGAGAAGAUUCCGACUAUUGAAGGUGAACUGGCGUUUGUUGAUGUUGAUGAUGACAAUGAACCAGUGCAUGAGAAGAAUUUUGUAGCUGGUGAUGAAUUAAUUGAUACAACUCCUGAAAUGCCUUCAACGGUUGAAUAUUUCUAUGGUUCUCUUCCAUCAUCUGUGAAUAUUGAACCAAGAGAAGAGGCAGAGUCCUUUUUUGAAGCUUCAUCAGAUUUGCUCAAUUCUGUGAAUGAACAAGAUGCAGAAUUUGAAUCUUGCAUCAACUCAGUGCAGUCUGACUCUCUGGCCACUGAAUUCAAUUCAGAGAGUGUCUAUGAGAGUAUGACAUGGGAUGAAGAAAGUUUUAUUGAUACUUCCCAAUCAUUGACAAUUGAUGAUGAUUCAAAAGCAUUUGAAUGUAAUAUUUCUGACCAAGUUUCGAGUUCUGAGAUUUUACGUUUGUCUGAUAGCAGUGCAGCUAAAAUGAAUGAAGAAAUACACGAUACUGCUCAAGAGGCUUCUGAAUGUAUAGAAAGAGAGAGAAAUGGAUCUUUGCAGCAGAAAGACCUUAAAAGACAUUCUCAGAUUCAGCAAGUGGAUAAGAAAUCUGAAUUUAAUGUUAAUAAAUCAGAGCAAGAAGUCAAAGCAGAUGUGGUGACUGUAAUUGAUGCUCAAACUACUGUUCCGAUAAACAAUGUCCUUCUAAAACUUGAGUCAGAAAAAGUUGCUCAAUUUUCGGAAUAUGCUAUUGAUAGUCAAUGUGCGAUCGAAAACACCGAUACUUUUGGUACAACAGAAACAGCACUGCAAUCUACAACUUUGCAUAACUUUCCAAAAGAAGCUGCUGAUUCAUCAAAUAUUAGUGUUGAAAUGGAAAACUUACAGUCAAAACUCACAGUGACAGAAGAAUCAUUGGCAGAAUCCGCCUCGUCACCUGUUGUUGAUUCUCAUACAGCAGUUCAGCGGGACUUAAAAGAGUUUAUUGAAGAAAAUAGUGAUAUUCCAGCCACUGAUUCUAAAGUAGCAGUUCAAACACCGCAGUGUGCAGCGGUACAAGAUUUUACUGAAUCAAAAGCAAUUAAGGAAGCUUGUAUUGGUGACGAAAAUAUUACGUUGAAGCAUGCAGUGCUUGAACAUGUUCAAACUGAUGAACAAGAUGUUUCUCAAAUAUGCAAUAGUAUAAUUUCUGAGAGCGCGUCUGAAUAUUCUUUGCCAACAGGGACAAAUCUUGCUGAAUUUGGCAGCGAUGAGUCUGUUUUAUUUGAAAGUAUUUCAAGUGCAAUUCCAGCCCUCACCAUGGAAUCUUCUGAAGAAUGUGAUAAAGAACUCUUUGACUCUUCUGAAAAGGUUGAAUUCGGUUUUAGGAUGCCUUGCGAUACUCAGUCGCCUUCUGAUAUUGUUAGGUAUUUAUAUUAUGAUGAUGCAGUUACUUUUAGUGAUGAUCAUAGCAUUAAAACUUGCUCUGAGAAUCUGUCAUCACUUGUUAGCCAUCAGCAAUUAGUACCUGAGUCACAUAUCUGUUCAGAACAAGCUGGCCUGCUAAAUGAAGGAACUUGUCUUAUAAAUGAAAAUGAUGAGCCCCGUGUUUAUCCAGAUCAAAUAGCAAUUGACCAAGUAGUUUUGACGCAGUCAGCAAAUGAUAUUGCUGCCGAAGGAAAAUGCUUUGAAUCCACGUAUGCUGAAAACGUUCCUGGUCCUGCUGAUAAAUCUAAGAGCGUUGAUGAAUGGUUUGAUGCAGAUUUAGAAAAGUUAACCUUACUUGGGAACAGGAAAAAGUCCAAAGAAAUAGAAUCGUUCACUGAAACUAAAUCAUUUACUUCUCAAGAGGAGGAUAGCUUACCAAGAAUACCUGAAAUAAUUCUGGAUCCUGAAAUAAAAGGGAUUCCCAUGGCAAAAAUUGAUAGUGACGAAGUAACCGAUAUUUCAACUCAUUUUACCAUGACUGAUGAUUCGGAUAGAUUUUCUGACAUUGAAAGUGAUAAGUCUUUGGAAAACUUUGAUGAUGAAUUUGCCACUGAUGUUGAAGUUUCUAUUUAUCCAGAUACUAAUGCCAUGGAAAGCAAUGUUGAGCAGAAUCUUUUUAAUGAGCAGAUAUUUUCUGAACCCGUUUCAACACAGUUGGAACAGGUUGACAAAUCUUCUGGAGAUAUGAGGAUGUAUCAACAUAUAGAAAGCACUUAUCAAGUUCCUCCAAUCCCUAUAAGAGAUGAAAAUGGCAAUGUUACCGUUCUUAAAGAAGAAGCUCAAGAGGAAGCUCAAGGCUUUAAUGUUGAUACUCCAGUGUGUGGCACUUUCGGUGAUGUUGAGCAAACUCCUGUAGCUGUGGGUGCAAGUGAAGUAUUUAUAUUUCCAGAAGUCUCUAUUGUCAACAAGGAGCUUAAAGAUAGUCAUGAUGAAAAAUCUACCAUGAAUGACAAUUCUGAAGAUUUUCUGGAUGCUGCAAAUGAUAAUGUUUCUGAAGUUGAUAAAUCGAUUUAUGUUAUGCCUCAAGAAGAUGUCAUUGAAAAUGAUUUAGUACAAACUGGUUUCAAUGUGCUUACCCUCCAAGAAAGUCCCCUGGAACUAAAUUUAAAUGAUAAAAAGAAAAUUGAAGAAAAAUAUAUUAAGGUUGAAGAUUUAUUAGAGUCCACUAGUGUAGCUGCCUCUAUAAAUAUUGGUGACUGCAUUUUUAAAGAAAAGAAUACCAUUGAACAGGAGGAACAGGUGAAAGAAAAAGCUACAUUUGAAUUAUGUUCUGGCAGCACUGAUGAUAAUCCUGAAGUUUUUGCUGAAGUAAGUGAGGAAAAGGACAAUGAUUCCGUACCUCCUGAGCAAUCAAAUGACCGAGAUAGGAAUGUUAUGUUAAAUGAGACUUGUGAUAAAAUCAAGCAAGAAAGUAACGAUUUACCAAAUCUGGAUGAGUCAGGUUCUUUGAUAGAGACAGGAUUGGAAAGAAAAGAAAAUCAAUUUGGUAAUGACACCAUCAAAAAUGACUCUGAUGAAGAAUGCAGCUCAGUGUUUGAAAUGAAAAGUGCUAUAUCAGAGUUACCAGAAACCACCUCAAACCCUGAAACAUGCCCUUCAGAAAUAGAAAACUUUUUUGAUGUUUCAGAGCCUGAGCAGUGUAGAAUACUACCUGAGGAUGCUAUAUGUUCCGAAUUAAGCGGUGAAAAUAUUUCAGAUGAAACUCAUAUUGAUGCUUUAAAACAGACUAAAUUGUCUGAUGCAAAUUUAUUGUUCACUGUUAGUGAUAACUUGAAUAAAAAUUUACAAAAAGAAGAGGAUUUGAUGUCUAAUAUUUCCGAAGAAAAUUUGAAAGUACAUGGAGAUAUGCCAACUGCCAUACCAAUUACUUGUUCUGCUGCUCCAGAUAUGAUCUCGGAAAGCUCAACACAAAAAAAUCCACAGUUAGAGAGUGUAGAUUUUACUAUAAAUCCACAGACAAUUGGACAGUCAACUGAAAGCAGUUUUAAAGAAACAUUAAAAACUGUUGAAGAUCCUGACGUUAAAACCACCACAGAAGUAAAUACUGUUAUUACUGAAAAUGAAUCAUUAAAACCUAUUGACAUAGCAAAUAACAAUGAAUGUAUUGCUGCUUUCUGUGUAACUGAUUUUGGGUCACAGACCAGGGAACCAAGUUUUCUUGAGGUUACUGAAGCAUUUUCCGGUGAAUCUUCAACAGAUCUUAACCCACCACCACCUUCAAUUUCUGAUGCUACAGGAAGAAUCCAAGAAAAUUUCUCAGCCGUAAAAUUAAGUGAUAUUUCUGAUUCUAAGUCUCUAAAUGUCUUGCGAACUGAUGAUGCAUCUGAUGUCGGUGUGUUACAAAAAACAGAGCAGACAAAAAUUGAAUUUGAAAACCUGAAAGAACAGCAUCAUCUUGAAUUGGCCAAACACUUGAGUGAAAAUGAUAGCAAUUUAUCACUUGAGACUGAAAUUCAACAUUCAACGGGAGACAUUGUGCAGGUAGAUUCAGCUCCUGUGGAAAGUGUGGAUGGCGUGACUGUCUUUUCCCAACCUUGUGAUUCUGCAAAAGAAUCAGAACACCAGUGCUCAAACAAUUCUACUAAUGUUAUUCUGGAUGAUUCGAAAUUAAAUAUGACAACAGUAUCAGAAGUAUGUACUGAGCAAGGGAUGGAAAGCAUGGCUAGUACUGAAAAUGGUGAAUUUAUUCAUUCAGAAACAAGAGAUACCUGUAUUCAAGCAAAGUUUGAAAAUUUCAAGCAAAAUAUUGAAAAGAGUCGACUUAAUUCUUCUGCAGGAAUUCUUUGCGAAGAGGAAUACAUUGACACUUCUGAAGGAAAGUGCCAGGAAAUUUCUGAUUCCAAUAGUGAUUCUUCUGAUUUGGAACAAAACAUAAACUUUGAUGCACUUCCUAAUUCAGAAUCAGCUUCUGAUCAAAAUAUAAAAUUUGAUACUCAUCACAUUUCUGAAGCAAUAAUGUCACAAGAUAUGAACUCUGAUGAUCCUUCUUCUGCUGUUUUGAACUCUGAUGAACGUGAUAAACUUUCCAUUUCUGAACUCACAGCAAAUCAAAAUGUUGAUUUUGAUGCUCCUCCUGCUGCUGUUUUAAACCUAGAUGUAAAUGUGAAAUUUGAAGCAGUCCCUAUUUCUGAAAUGACUCUUGAUCAAAAUGCAAAAUCUGAUGCCCUUCCUGCUGCUGAUUUGAAAGACAAAAACGUAAAUCUUGAUACUCUUCCCACUUCUGAACUGAGCCUAAACAAAAGUGUAGAAUCAGAUGUUCUUCCCACUGCUGAUUUGAAAUCAGAUCAAAUUGUAACAACUAAUGUACUUUCUUCUGCUGAUUUGACUUUAGACCAAGAUACAAUUCUAGAUAAAGGCAGUAUGGAUGAGGUCGUUCCCUCUAAGAUAGAUGAAACUGAUGAAUAUUUUGAAUCCAAGGAAAAAAUUAGUCCGAUUAGCAAAAGUGUAAAACUUGAUUCUGUUUUGAAUGUUCAAGAGAGGGAUGAAAGUGGUAACUAUUUUGCUGAAACCGAGACGACCCGCUCGGAUUCCACAGCUGUUCAGUCUAAUCUUGCAUCUUUCAGUUUGGAACAAAUUGAUGCUAAUGCGAUCAAGCCAGGUGUUGAUGUUGAGAUAUCUUUUCAAAAAGAUGCAAUUGUUAAAUCUGAUGAAACCAUUCCCUGUGCAGGAGACUCUAAUACAAGUGCAGAAAAUGAGAAAUCAAAUGCUGCUGUAGUUUUUUCAGAAGUUGAAACUAUCAAAACCAUUCAUACUUACCACAGUGAGGAACAGCCUGAUGCUUGUAUAGAUUUCAAAGUUAUUUUGCCUGAAGUUGAAACUGUCCAACCUGAUUCUACCUCUCCCACUGCAACAGACAUUGGUUUAAGUUCAUUUGACAGAGAGCCAUGUAUUGAAGCUGAGACAGCCUUUUCUAACGUUGCAACUGAGACAACUUUAAGCAAUAAGCAGUCUCUCACAAGUGAUGUUGAUGAUAUUGCUGAAAUUACUACACAGCAGUUAAAAGGGAAGGAAUAUACAGAAGCAAAAAUUGAUGAAUACGUCUUCUCUUUCAAGGGGGACGUUCAGAAUGUUGCUAAAGUCAUUAAACAACAAUUUGAGGACAAAACAAGUACAGAAAUAAGAACAGAUGCAAAUAGUGACAAACAUGACACCAACAAGUCUUUUUCAAUGGAGCUUUCAUCUGACUCAUUAAAGAUAGAAAUUGCUGAAACAUUAAAGAACAGUGAAGUUUCUUGUGCAAAAAACCAAGAGCUCUUGAAAGACAUUACUGGUUUAAAAAAUUUUCCUGAAAAGGUAGAUGAUUUUACUGAUGAAUCAAUUUCUUAUGAAACGAUAGAAUCACAAAGUCAACCUGAUGUUGACAGCCAUUCAACUCGAUAUUAUUCAUUUUCAGAAGAUUCAGAAAUGACUCUGAAUUUCACUUCUGAUGAUGAUUUCACUGAUGUUGCUUCCCAUCUCACUCACACUGAAGAUUUAGAUAAAUGGUCUGAAGCUGGAGACUUUUCUUUCGAAGACAAUGAAUAUGACAUAGAAUGUCAUAGUAGGGAUAAAACACCCACUAGAUCUUUGACUGAAAAUGAUAGCUAUGACUUGUCACCAGAUAAAAUGGAGAGGUCUACAAGAAAAGUUACAGACAGCUUUGAAGACUUUCAGGGAAGAACAUUUUCGGAUGAUACUGAUGGAAAAGAUCGUGUCGUAGAUGGAAUGUCAGAAAAUCUUAACUCUGAAGCAGUUUCUAAAUCUUCGGACAUACCAUCUCCUGAAGAAGGUGAAGAAGUAGGGCUGCUCAAAAGUGCUGAAGAGGAAGAAAAAUUUGAAUGCCCUACUACACAUUUGGCUCUUGAUGCAGUCCUACUAGCAAAGGGUAAUGAAGAAGUGUUUUCUCAAGUAGGGUCAAAUGAAACUUUAGUUGCACCGAUUAGUAAAUCAAGUAACUUAAGUGCUGAAAGCGAUGGCAGGGAAAUACCUAUUAAUCAAAAUUUGGUUGCAGAUCAUUUGAAGGCAGAACAAAGUAAUUCCAAUGAUUUUAACAAAGAUCAGGAUGGUAAGGAAGUUGUUUUGUGUACUCUGGGCACUUCAAAUGAAUUUAAAAAGGGGGUACAGUUUGAAUCUGAACAUACUCAUACUUGUCAAGAAUUAAGUGGUGUCGAUGGUUCUGAAAAAAUGCAUUUGCCAUUAUCAGACAAAGUAGAAAAAGCUAUAAUAUGUAAUGAAAAAGAUGUUUCGGAAACAGAUGAGUUUACAGAUUUUUCAUCCAAACAUCUUAUUACAGAAGAGGAGUCUGAAAAAUGGUCUGACGUUGAUAGUCAAGCUGAAGAAUUUAAAAGUGAAGUUGUUGACAAAUUUGUUGCUUGCAAUGUUUCUGAUUCUGAAGCAAUACUCACUGGAAAUUUAUCUUUAGCAAGUACUGAUAUUGUUAAAACUAUUUUGUCUCCAGAUAUGGAAAACAUUAGCGAUAAACAAGAACCUCUUAUGGAAUGUUAUGCUGAUAUAAAGUCCUUAAAUGAACCAUUAUCAGUCGUAGAUACAUUUGUAGCAUUUGAUGCUGAUGUAGCUGUGUCGAAAUUUCAUUUGCCUGAGGAGGCGAAUGAAAAUUCAUCCCGAAUUCUAGAGAAAUCUGAAGAAGUGGAUCUAUGGUUAGAAGCUGAUACAGACUACUCUGUGUCUGAAUUUGAGGAGGAUAAUGUUCCAGCUCCAGAAAAGGAUCAUGUCCAUGUUAUUUCUAAAAGCAGUACAAAAAUUCAGUCCAUAAAGGAUGUGCGAUUUGCGACUGUUCAUUUUCCUGAAGAAAUACCCUAUGUGGCAGAGAUUUCAAGAUCUUCCUCUUAUACUGAUCCUGAGUACUCUGAUCAAACUAGUGACACAUGUGCUGAUAUAUCGCUUCAAGGUAUGGUGACGGAAAAUUCAGAUAAGUCAUCAGAGAUUGGAAACGAUGCACUCCUUGAUGAUGUUUUGUAUGGAAUAGUUGAAGAACUUGAUGCUGAUCCUGUUGAAAAGGUGAAUGAUCUUGGCAAAGCACAGGUUGAUGAAGAGAAACCUUCAAUAGAAAAUAUUUCAUCUGAGAAAGCACCUACAAUAGACAGAGGAAUAGAGAAUUUGGGAGCUUCAGAUGUUAAAAUUGUUGGUUUCAAUGAACAAAGUCUAGAAAUUGGUGAUACCGUUUCAAUUAAUAUUACAGAUAUAUCUUCAGGCCAUGAAUCAAAGCUAGUCCAAGAAAAAGCAGAUUCUUUUGAAACAUCACAGUUGUUAACACCAGGCGCAGCCACUUAUGCCUCUGAUGAUGAAUUUACAAAUGUCACUCCUUUAGAUUUAACUGAAGAUUCGGAUAAGUGGUCGGACAUUUCUGAAGGUACUUCAAUUGAAGGGAUGGAAGAAGAUAGUGUAUCCAUUUCUUUAAAAGCAGGUGAUCAAAAUGUGGAAAAAUUAAAGGAAGCAUUAAAUGAACUGGAAGUUGAAUUAUCUCAAUCAGAUAAAAUUGAUAAAAAAAUUAAAAAAGCGGCUGAUGAACAUAUUUCAAAGUUAGAUUCCCAAUCCUACUCCAAGUCUAUUUCUGAAAAACAGUCCAAUGAAUCAAACUUACAAGAAAAACCACUAUCAAAUCAAGAUGCAGAUUUACUUCUUAUGGAGAAAACUCCCGAGAACCCUGAUUUUAAAACUACUGCUGAAAAUGUUGGUAUUUUAGGGAAUGUGCCUUCUGAAGAAAUUUCUGAAUCAAGCUCAAGACUGUCAAAAACCAGCAAUUCUGAAACAGACUACAAAGACGUCCUUACUCACACAGGUGCUAACGAUGUUUCGGAGUCGUGGCAUGAUUUGGAAAUGGAUCAAUCCAAUGCUGAUCUUGAAAAUGAAAUAUUUAACCAAACUCGAAACUCAUCAAGAGCAUUUGAAGAUGCUGAAGGUGUUAGUAUUUUAUUAAAAGAUAGUGAGAGUCAUGAACUGAAUGACUUGAUUGAAGAAUCGAAUGAAGUUGUAGAAGACCUCGAGUACGACCAAGACCAUUUUGAGGAGGACAUUGAUGAAUAUGAUAUUGAUAAUGAACUUGCAGAUCAUUUUCUUGAUAAUGAACAUUAUCAAAUAAAUGAAGAUGAACUUAUAUUUCCUUUGCCAUAUGAUGACUGGAUUGAACAAAGUUUUGAAUUGAAAGAAUAUGGCAUUGAAGCCAGCGGAAGUGAAUUGGACGUUCGUGGAUAUGGCAGUGAAGAGUAUGAUGAUGAAGAUAUCCAGAGAGCUAUUGAACUUAAUAUUAGUAACUUUGAGGGAAAUGAAAUAGAAACUGCUGAGGACAACUAUAUCACUGAAACUUUCCAAACACUUUCCAAUGACCUUUCUCCUCAUACUAGGUUGUCUGGUAGAGAACAUGACACCUGGUCCACUGCUGAUGCUCCAUCAAUUGAAGAAGAUCUCUCAGAGCAUGAUCAUAUAUUAGCUAAAAUUGACGAACUUCUUGCAGAAGAGUUUUCUUAUGAAAAUCUUGAUGAAUAUAAAGAUGAACACAUGGAUGAUCAUGAGGUUAAAGAUGAACUUGUUGAAAGUCAGCCUAUGAAUGAACUUGAAAAUUUGGAAAAGGACCAAAGCGUAGAAAAAACCAAAACAUCAACUGAGGAUGACAGACUUGCUUUUAUUGAAGAACAAACGGAUCAAAAUUCUCAAUUGGAAAAGAAAAGUAAUAAUCGAACUGAGAACGGGUUGUCAGAGUCUUUCAGCAUCAAACCACUUUCUAAAGAUGCUAAUGAUAUGAGUGUUGAUAUUACAGCUAAUUUUUCUGUUUCUGUGCCAGAAACUUUAAAUGUUGAUGCAAGUGAAUCAUUUACAGUUAAGGGUAUACAAUCUACUUGCUUGGAAGAGCAAUUCAAUUCAAUGCAAGAAAUUUCCUCACCAUCUACAACAGCUGUUGAUUCUAAGGGAGAAUUAUUAGAACAAACCUCUCAGAUAUUUUCUCCGUCUGUAGAAAGAGAAAUGCAAAAGUUGUCUCAUUCGGACAAAUGUUCAGUUGUUGAAAAAAUAGCUGAUAUUGAAGAAAACAUUCCGUUGAAAUCUGACGCGCUUAUAGAUAAUUUAAAAGCAACAGUAAACGACACAAAAGAAUCAAUAGAAAAUUCCAAACCUUCACAAACAGCUGAAGUUAGCUCAGUUGUUCAAAAAGCAAAUAUAACUGUUGACAUUCCCAUUGUGCAAAACCAGGAAUCGUUAGAAAAAUCCAGCAAAAUAGUUGAAGGCACUGAUGUGAUAAAACUGUCAACUGUGAAAGGAAUGUCUGAAAAAAGUUGCCAUGAGUCAAAGGAAGAAACACUUAAAACUUCUGUCCCAAAAUCAAGGACUAGAAUUCCUGAUACAAAAGAUCUGGCUUCUAAUGAUAAACGUGACACAAUAAAAGCAGCAUAUACCUCGUUGAGAAGCAAAAAUAAAAAGUCCGAGAAAUCAAAAGGUGAGGCUGCUGAAGUUUCUGAAAAUAUUGUAGCAUGCAUUCCUCCAGAAGUAAAUGUAAAAUCAUUUAAGGCUCCAACAGUUGGUAAGUCUUCGGAACAAGUGGAGACGGUACAAGUUGCUCUUAAAGAGAGUUUCCCACAAACUUCUGAGCAAAAAAAAGCAACAGCAGACAUUCCUAUUGAAGAAGAUAAAAAAACUACAGAGUCGAGUGUAACUAAAACAGAAAAAGGUGACACAUCUGAACCGGAGAUGACAAGUAAACCCGACAUUCCCAUGAAAAAGAAAAUCAAGACAGAGCUCAGUAAAGUCUCUUCAAAACUCGACGAUUCAGAUCCUUCCACAUCCGAGUCUCCGAGUGAUUCUUUCAAAAGUAUAUCUGCUCAUGACACUGACUUAACCCCAGACAUUCCAAAGAAAAUGAGGCAGAGGUCAUUGGAAAGUUCCGACAGGGAAACUUCUGAAAAGAAACCUUCUCUUCCUCCUAAAAAGCCAAGAAAAGGUGUGUCAUCCGAUGCCUCGUGUGAGUCUUUGUCUUCUUCGGUGGAGUCUUUGCCUUCUUUCGAGUCGGCUUCAUCAGCUUCCAGCGAGCCCGGUGAGGAGAAAGUCGAAACUCCGAGUGUUCCUGCACGCAAGUCAAGGUCACCAAACUUGUCGUCUGCUGCCAGAGCAAAACGUGAUGAAAGUGAGGACAGCUCAACUUCUUCAUCUGUGAGGCUUAGAAGAAAAGAUUCUAGAAAUCCAUCUAUAGACCUUAGCCAGAAAAGAGCAUCAAUUGAUGAACAUGUUAUAAAGUUGCAGAACGAGGGAAAGUGCCCCAACAAGGAAAUAGCCUUCAUUGCAGCAAAGCUGAUUGAAAUGCAAUUUGAAGAAGAAGACGCCUUAUUGGCUGCGAGGCAGUGCAGCAGUGUAUAUCAUGCAGUCAAGUUUCUGACACAGCUGUGCGAACUCUGCAAUUGCCGAUUUCCAAUUAACCAGAUAUCGUCCAUGGUCCAUUGCUCCCAUAGAGCGUGCAAGGAGUGCUUGAAGGCCCAUUUCACCUCUCUGGUCUAUGACCGCAGCAUCUUCACCCUGCUCUGCCCCGUUUGCCACAAACCAGACAUCACCGACUCUAACAUUCAGGAAUAUUUCAAUCAUCUGGAUAUGAUGUUAAGAAAUGUGUUAGACAGUAGAGUUUAUGACUUAUUCCAAAGCAAACUCCGUGAUGAAGUCUUAACCAAAGACCCAAAUUUCCAUUGGUGUUCUCAAUGCUCCUCUGGCUUCAUCGCGAGCCCACGUCUGAAGAAACUAUAUUGCCCUGAUUGUUCUGCAAUCACCUGUGCUCUUUGUCAUCAAACUUGGGAAUUAGAGCAUGAGGGUGUUCAUUGUGAGCGUUUCCAGCAGUGGAAAGACAUGCAUACACCAGAACCACCCCCUGCUGGCCUCGUCAAACUCCUGACGGAUCGAGGAAUAUCUUGUCCGUCCUGUGGUAUUCUUUUCCCUCAAGCGUGCGCUGGCUGUAUGAUGUACAAGUGUUCGCAUUGCAGUUUUGAAUUCUGUGGUUUCUGCUUGAGACCGUGCAAAAGGGGAAGAGAUUGUGCCAACGAGGUAUGCGACUCUCGGGGCAUCCACAUUCAUCACCAGUCCAACUGCCUUUUCUUCUUGAGAGACAAGGAUAUUUCCGACUUGCAGAUGCUUUUAGAAGAAGAAUCUGUGAGCUAUCUGACCAUUCCACCGAAAAACCAAAUCGUGAAAAGCAGAUGCCAGGUUCGGGAACAGAAACAUAUCCAUGGUGCCAUCGCCGAAGACAGGUGUGGCAGGGAUAUCGAGCCUUACUGUGCAGGCUUGUGCAGGACACAUUACCUCGAGUACCUGGCCGAAUUGAUGCGAAAACAUAGAGUCGACCCGCUAUCGAUUAUGACGAUUCAAGAUCUCCAGCUCAUGCUGCGGAAAGCACGGAUAACAGUGCCUGAAAAAGUCAAAGGAGAAACUGAGGAUGAUUAUUAUGACAGACUGGUAAAAUAUGUUUCACUAAAGUUGGUAUGA